AGAACAAACCGAUUUCUCUAUGCCACAGACGCCAAAUGUCGCCAUCGAUCAAUGACAUUUUGUGUAGUUGAAUUUAUUGAUAUAAAGCGUUAAUGUAAAUAAUAAACAAUAUCAUCAUAAAAGUCGGCUUCCAGUCGAUAUGUAUGCCAAGGGCAAAGGCUCUACAGUGCCUUCGGACGCUCAGGCUCGCGAGAAAUUAGCGCUCUACGUGUAUGAGUACUUGCUUCAUGUCGGUGCAACCAAAGCGGCGCAAACAUUUCUGUCUGAAAUACGAUGGGAGAAGAAUAUAACACUCGGCGAGCCGCCCGGGUUCCUGCACUCGUGGUGGUGCGUGUUCUGGGACCUGUACUGUGCGGCGCCGGAGAGACGGGACACUUGUGAGCACUCAUCAGAAGCGAAGGCUUUCCACGACUAUGGUUUUGUCAAUUCUGGUUACGGAGUCAACGGCAUCGGUCACAGCGCCGGCCCAGCGCCGCCUAACGACGGCAUGGGUGGCGGUGGGAUGCCCCCAGGCUUCUUCCCCAACUCUCCGCUGCGGCCGUCACCACCAGCACCACAUCCCGGUUCUCAGCCAUCACCGCACGGCCCGCAGCCACAGCUGAUGGGGACCGGACAACCAUUCAUAGGACCCUGGUACUCGGGAGGUGGACCUCGUGGCGCCGUCAGAAUGGGAAUGGGCAAUGAUUUUAAUGGGCCACCAGGCCAAGGCAUGAUGGGCAAUUCUCUGGAGCGCGGCGGCGGCGGCGUGCUGGGCGGGCCGCGCAUGACGCCGCCGCGGCCCGGCAUGGGCCCCAUGAGCCCCGGGGCCUACGCCGCCGGCAUGCGCGGCCCUCCGCCACAGGGACCAGGUAUGCCACCGAUGGGUAUGGGUCCGCGGGGCGCGUGGGCGGGCGGCGGGGGCGCGGGCGCGGGCGGGGGCGCGGCGCCGCUCAACUACUCGGGCGGCUCGCCCGGCUACGGCGCGCCCCCGGGCAGCAACGGCCCGCCCGGCCCGCCGACUCCCAUCAUGCCCAGCCCACAGGACUCGUCCAACUCCGGCGGCGACGUGUACACUAUGAUGAAGCCGGUUGGGGGCGGCGCCCUGGGGGCGGAGUACCCGCUGCCCGACCACGCCGGGCCCGCGCUGCUCGCACAGCCCGCCGCUGAAGGACUGGGGGGCGUCGAUGGCAUGAAGUCUUCACCGGGAGGCGUCGGCGGCGGGGGGCCCGGCACCCCGCGCGAAGACUCCGGCUCAGGAAUGGGGGAUUACAACUUAAGUUUUGGUGGCCCAGGCGGUGAUCAAAACGACCAAACUGAAUCGGCAGCAAUAUUGAAAAUAAAGGAGAGCAUGCAAGAAGAAGCCAAGAGAUUCGAAAAGGACCCCGAACAUCCCGACUACUUUAUGCAGUGAACAGAUCCACGUGUGGCGACAACUUACCUCAAAUAAUACUGGAAAUGAACUGAGCACGGCAGUGCGUGUAGCCAAGUUCGGACUACGGUGAGGCUAGUUUAGAAAGAUAUAUAUUAUUAUGUCAUUUUUCUCUUCUUGUUGAGAUUUUUUAUUUCGAUUCUGUAAAUGUUUUCCCGUUUCUGUGUCCUAGUGUCUUUUAUAAUUUGAUAUACUACGGUGAAGAUGAAUGUAUGUUUAGAAAGAGAUAUGUCAUUUUUUUCGGAACUUGCCUAAAUUUUGAAUUCGUUAUUGCUUUCCCUGUAGUGUCUUUAUAAUUUGAUAUUUUUGAGGGCAUAACCUAAGGUUGGAGAUUACAUAAAACUACGCACAUGGGUAGAGAAGGAUUUCAUAGAUUCAAUGAUUCGUAAUUAUCUUGGGGUUUGACGCCCGUUUUAUUAUUUUAUAAAAUUUAAGUGAUUUUUCUUUGAUUCCUAGUAAUAUUAUCACACAAUGAUUGUUCUAGACACCAAUUUUUUUCAUUGUUUACCGAACUUGGCUAUUCGUGUCUCCGUCUUUCAAAAAAUUCCGUUUCAAUUAUAACAUUUGUAUAAGAAUUGUUUCGUAUCAUGUAAUUAAAAUUUCGAUAAUUAUCAAAGCGUUUUAUACAAAAGUUUUCAUAUGUCCUAAUUUAUAGAUAUAGGUGUAAUA